AUGGUAGCUAGACAGCGAAAGAGUCGGACUACGGCAAAUAGCAAGCGCGACAAAGAGCAGAAUGUAGCACUUGAGACAGCAGAUGUACUUACGAGGAAGAAAGCUAGAGUGGCAUUACAAGACGUCGAGGAGCUGAGCCCUGAGCCGAUAGCUCAGCAUGUCGCUCGCUUGGAAUUAAAGGUGCAAGAGUUGGGAGAAGAGAACGCGCGACUGAAGGAGCAAAUGGAGAAGCUGGAGAAGAAACAGCGUGAUGACAAGACCGUUGAACCCAAGUGCAAGUCGAAUCUAAAGCGCAAACGAACAGCAAAGGUCAAAUCAAGAGAGAAAGUGGUGACAGUGAGGGCUUUACCAAAGAGGAAAGGGUCAAAGAUUUAG